GUGACAGCUGUGUACUCACUGGAGGAGUCUUCUCCACGGAUGUUGAGGUCGGAAUUUUGUUCAGACAGCCCUUCGCUCUGGGUUCUUCGAGGCUGCCAGAUACGCUCACACCUGAGGCACCUAAUAUUGUGCCCUUGACGUUGAUCUGGUUCCCUUCCGAUCGGCGCCGUCUCCGCUCCGCUUCCCUCCCUGAUGGCUUCCCCGCCCUCUUCCCCCAACUCCUCGCCGCCGCUGUCCACCAUCACUGACGGUGCCGUCUCCGGCACGCUCCCUGCGGCCGAGGCCUUCGCCGUGCACUACCCGGGCUACCCCUCCUCGCCCUCCCGCGCCGCCCGCACUCUCGGCGGCCUCCCCGCUAUUGCCAAGGUCCGGAGCUCCGACGCCGGCGCUCGCCUCGAGCUCCGGUUCCGCCCCGAGGACCCUAACUGCCACCCGGCCUUCGGCGAGUCCCGCGUCUCUACGGACCUCGUCCUCCGCCUCUCCAGGCGCAAGGGGUCCGCGGCGCCGCGUGCUGAGGUGGUCGCUCGUGUCCGGACCGCCUACCACUUCGAAGGUAUGGCAGAUUUUCAGCAUGUUGUUCCAGUGCAUGCUGCACAAGUGAGAAAAAGAAAAUCAGAUUCUCAAAACGAUACUGAAAAUUUAGAUAAGACUGGACGUCUGGAAACAGAUGAUGGAGAUAUCAUGAUGUUGGUACCCCCACUCUUCUCAGUGAAGGAUGGACCAACAAAGAUAGCGCUUCUACCAUCGUCCAAUGCAGUUUCUAAAAGCAUGCACAGGGGAGUCAUACAGCAAAAAUGGGAGAUGGAUGUUGGACCAACCCUUGCGCUUCCUUUCAACAUUCAAGCUGCCCCAGUGAAGAUUAAUUGGGAAAACCACGUACCAAAGAAUUCAGUAGAUUGGGAUUGGCAAAUGGCCAUGUGCAAAUUGUUUGAUGAGCGUCCUGUGUGGCCAAGGCAAUCACUUUAUGAACGAUUGCAUGAUGAUGGUGUGCAUGUCUCACAAAGCCAAUUCAAAAGGCUUCUGUUUAGAGCUGGAUACUACUUCUCUAGGGGCCCCUUCGGUAAAUUCUGGAUCAAAAGGGGAUAUGAUCCUCGUAAAGAUUCUGAGUCGCGAAUAUCUUUCAUGAAGAUUGAAGAAUAUUGGGCUCAAUUAGUGAGAAUUGAUUUUCGCAUGCCUCCCGAGCUAAGGAAUCUUCAAAGGACAAAUGAUUCUGGAUCUCAAAAGUGGUCAGAAAUGUGCAAGCUUGAAGCAAUGCCGUUAAAGAAUUUCAUCUUUCUGCAAUUAUUUGAACUGCAAGACGACUUUAUUCAAGCAGAAAUUCGAAAACCUUCGUAUCAAUCAACUUGUUCAGUGAGUAACAAUACAAAUUGUGUUCAGGGUUGGUUUUCUAAGCCAAUGAUUAAAACCCUGAGGUUGCAACUGAGCAUAAGGUUCCUCUCUUUAUAUCCUAAUGAAGAUGCAAAAAACUUGUUGAGGAAUGCCCAUGAACUGAUUGAAAGGUCCAAGAAGCAGGAAGCCCUUUGCAGAUCUGAGCAAUCAAAGGAAGAAGAGCCCGCCAUACAUAAUGGAACUGAGGAUCAAGUUGACCCUAACAACUGCGAUAGUGAAGAUGUGGAUGAUGAAGAAGAGGAAGAUAAGGAGGAGUCGGAUGGUUAUGAUUCUCCACCUAUGGCAGAGGAUGUUCGUGAUUUCACCUUGGAUGAUUCCUAUGAACUCGGAGAAGGCUUCUCCAAUGGAUACCUUGAGGAAGUGCUGCGCAGCUUUCCAGUGCAGGAAGAUGGCCAAAAUAGACCAGGCGAUGCCCCUAACGACACUGAAGCAAGUGAUGGGGAGUUUGAAAUUUACGAACAGCCCAGUGAAGAUGAAGAGUACUCUGAUAAGUAGAGUUGUUCUGGGAGUCGCAAUCUUCCCCAGUUUCAAAUUUGCAAACUCAUGUAAAAUCCCAUGCGUGUAGGAAUGAUAUUACAUAGCUUAUUUGUUAAAUUAUCAUUUCGUUGGGUA